AUGAGAAGCAUGUAUUCUCUUUUGCAGCUUUUAGCCAUACUAUGCACUUUAGAGGUGGCUGCCUCACAUUUGGGGGGAAGCAGAAGCUCUUCAGAAAAACCUUUCCACAGGGGACCAAGAGAACUGAAUGCUCCAUCUCCGAUAGACUGUAAGCUGAGCAGCUGGAGCGCAUGGGGGCCCUGCGACCCAUGCACUAAUCAGAGGUUUCGCUCUAGACGUAUUCAGAGAUUUGGACAGUUUGGUGGAAGACCAUGCCUGGAGACCUUAGGAGACACACAAAGCUGUAAAGCCAGCCAAGUCUGUCCUGAAGAACUAGAACUGGACUGUGGCAUUGAUUUUCAGUGCAAUUCUGGUAGAUGUAUAAAGCGACGACUUGUAUGUAAUGUAGAUAAUGACUGUGGAGAUUUUUCUGAUGAAGAUAACUGUGAAGCUGAGCCACGAUCACCAUGCCGUAACCAUGAUAUUGAUGUGUCUGAAAUUGGCAGGACUGCAGGACAAGGAAUUAAUGUUUUAGGGAUGCAGCCAAUGGCCAGUCCAUUUGACAACGACUUUUUCAAUGGCCUUUGUGAACGGGUGCGUGAUGGAAACACACGAACAUACUACCGCAAGCCAUGGAACGUGGGUGUUCUCACUUAUGAUACAAAAGCAGAUAAAACCUUCACAUCUGUGUUCUACCAUGAUCGUGUGAAAAUGUUCCGAGAGGUUUAUGUAGAAAAACAAAAACACUUCAAUGUUGACUUUUCUCUGAAAUAUACACCAACUGAAGGAAGUAAAAAAAAUGGUUCAGAAGGAAACUUCAAGUAUUACUAUAGGAAGAAUUCAAGUUUGAGUUCUAUCCUGAACAUGUCCACAGAAAGGAACCAAACCUUUCUUCACAUAAAAGGAAAGAUUCAGCUGGGAAGAUUCCAAAUGCGGAGUCGUGAUGUCCGUCUCACAGAUAGUUUCCUUGAUGAUCUAAAUUUUUUGCCCACUGAAUAUGAUAAGGGAGAAUAUUUCAAAUUCCUAGAAGAUUAUGGAACUCACUAUGCAGUUUCUGGAACUGUAGGAGGAAAAUAUGAACUUGUGUAUGUGCUGGAUAACUACGCUAUGUCUCGAAGAGGUAUCACUGUAGAAGAUGUGAAAAGAUGCCUUGGCUAUCACUUGGAUGCCAAAAUUGCACAUGAAGACAUACAUGCCAAUGUUAAUAUUGACAGGGGUAAAUGUGAAAAGAUUCAUGUGAAGGACCAUUCAGAACUUAAUGAUGAUGCCGUCAUUGAUGAUGUCAUUUCAUUAGUUGAUGGAGGGAAGAUUGACUUCUCAGUUAAAAUAAAAGAAAUGUUGUUGCGAGGAUCCGAAAUGGUUGAUGUGGAGGAUUAUAUAGAGUGGGCUAGGUCUCUGGUUGAUGCUCCAGUGGUGAUACAACAACGGCCUUCUCCAAUACAUACACUUGUUCCAGUUCAGAUGAGAAAUGCAUAUUUAAAGAAACAAAAUUUGGAAAGAGCAAUCGAAGACUACAUUUCUGAAUAUAGUGUGUGCAAAUGUGAACCCUGCAAAAAUGGAGGCACCCUUGUGCUGGUAGAUGGAGCCUGUACAUGCAUGUGCUCAAGCUACUUUAAAGGAAUUGCUUGUCAGAUUCCCAAAUCUACAUUAAUUAAAGUUGUCACUGAUGGAGGCUGGAGCUGUUGGAGUGCCUGGUCCACCUGCAUCAGCGGAGAAAGCACUCGAACUCGCCAGUGUAAUAAUCCCGCACCAGAACAGGAUGGGAGACCCUGCCAAGGAGAAAGCAUUGAAAAACGGCCGUGUGAGGAAGUAAAAUAG